AUGUUAAAAGAUGGUGUUAUUAAACAGAGUUAUCAUAGCAAAUAUUCUUUUUCAUAUGCUUCACUUCUUCAUAUGCUUCACAAAAAGUUACAUUUUAUGUCAACUUCUUCCUCAACAACAACAUCACUGUCACCAUUUACAAUACAAGUGAUAGAGGUUACUCGAAGAUCGUCAAAUAAUCAACAACAACAACGAGAAGAAGCUGGUUUAGUAGUAAAUAUUAAUUUAGAUGCUUUAAAUGUUUCUAAAAAAAGUCUAAAUCCUUUAAUUGAUAGUACCAAAAAUAAUGGAAUGACCUUAGCGAUAAUGAACGUUUCUAGAACCAUCUGA